AUGGCUGUCGACGACCUAAUCACCACACUUUCAGACGCAGAUGUGUCGGACGAGGAGUUCGAAGAGGAGGAGGCCACAGCCAAAGUGGCUGCUCCACAAGGGAAGAAACGAAAGCGUGAAGGGAAGGACCAAAGCGCAGUGAAAAAGCAGCGCGAGGAUAAAGACGAGGAUCUAGAUUCAGAGUUCGAGUUUGAAAGGGAGGGCGGUGCUGCUGCGCUGGAAGACUUGGACAAUUGGGCGUUGAAUGGUGGAGCGUUGGAAUCCCAACCAGGGAGCAUCGAAGCUAUUGUUGCGCGGAGGAAGUCUAAACAGCAAAAAGAGGUCGUGUCGGAGAGCGAAUCAGAAUCUGAGGAUGACGGAGAAGAUGAGGGCAUGGCUGCAGACUAUGGUGAAGACGAUGGCAGCGAGGAGGAAUUCGUCACGGCAAUUGAUAUCCAGGCCAAGGAUGGGGCGGACCAUGAUGGCGACGAUGACGACGAAGUUAAGGUCCAGGUACCUCAUCCGGACGAUAUGGUUGCAGAUGAUGACAGGUCAGAGGAUAGCGAGGACAAGGUAGAGGCCGAGAAGCGCAAUGCGUUCUUCGUCGCCGACUCGAAAAGCUCUGCCCCAGCGGCAACCGCUUUCCACGCCAUGAACCUUUCCCGUCCGAUCCUCAAAGGUCUUGCGGCCGUGGGAUUUAAUACACCUACCCCGAUUCAAGCAAAGACCAUUCCUGUGGCUUUGGAGGGGAAAGACUUGGUAGGAGGAGCUGUCACCGGAUCUGGUAAAACAGCGGCUUUCCUCAUCCCCAUGCUGGAGCGCCUCUUAUUCCGCCCAAAACGCACUCCCACCACUCGAGUGGUGAUUCUUAUGCCAACGCGCGAGUUGGCACUCCAAUGUUUUKCAGUGGCUACGAAGCUUGCCAAAUUCACCGACAUUACAUUCGGCCAGGCCAUUGGAGGACUCAACUCCCGUGAACAGGAGAAGCAGCUGAAACUUCGUCCCGACAUUGUCAUUGCGACUCCAGGUCGUUUCAUCGAUCUUGAGCGCAACUCUGCGUCUUUCACAGUUUCCACCGUUGAGAUCUUARUCCUCGACGAAGCAGAUCGUAUGCUUGAGGAGGGKUUCGCGGACGAAUUGAACGAGAUCCUCAACAAGAUUCCUAAAUCUCGACAAACCAUGCUUUUCUCCGCUACCAUGACCUCGAAGGUCGACGAUCUCAUUCGUGUUGGUCUACAACGUCCCGUUCGUCUCAUGGUCGAUGCACAAAAGCAGACCGUAUCCGGACUGGUUYAGGAGUUUGUUCGUCUACGACCGGGUCGAGAAGCAAAGCGUCUCGCGUACCUCAUGUACCUUUGCAAAUCGGUCUACACGGAUCGCGUCAUCAUCUUCUUCCGACAGAAGAAGGAGGCCCAUCGCGUACGCGUCAUCUUUGCGCUAUGUGGACUCAAUGCAGCUGAAAUGCACGGAUCCAUGUCUCAAGAGCAACGUAUCAGCGCCGUUGAGGCGUUCCGGACUGGCAAGGCUUCUUACCUACUCGCAACGGAUCUCGCUUCUCGUGGUCUAGAUAUCAAGGGAAUCGAGACAGUCAUCAACUACGAGGCACCACAGAGUCACGAAAUCUACCUUCAUCGUGUCGGUCGUACGGCUCGUGCUGGACGAACUGGACGGUCGUGUACUCUUGCAGCCGAGCCAGAUCGUAAGGUCGUCAAAGCAGCUGUCAAGUCUGGUAAAGCUCAGGGUGCUCAGAUUCGCCAAAGAACGGUUGAUCCUUCAGACGUGGAUGAGUGGCACAAAAAAGUCGAGAGCUUGGCAGAAGAUGUAGAGGAUGUACUUCGCGAGGAAAAGGAGGAGAAGGUCCUGCAGCAAGUGGAUAGGGAUCUCACAAAGGCCGACAACAUCGUCAAGUAUGCUGAUGAGAUCAAGGCAAGGCCGAGAAAGACAUGGUUUGAGAGCGAAAAGGAUAAGGAGGCGAGCCGGGAUAAGGGGAGAGCGGUGUUGAACGGUCCGGCUGCGCAGGAGAAGCCAAAGCCAAAGAAGGGCAAGUUGAGUAACAAGGAGAAGAAGAAGUUGGAGGAUAGAGACGAUCGCCAAGCAGGUAUGGAGUGGAAGAAGAGCAAAAGUGCGACGAAAAAGGGCAUGGAGAAGGCCGGUGGGAAACCCAAGCCAAAGGGCAAGCCGAGAAAGUAG